AUGGAUGGUUUGAGAGCCUUAUUCUGGGUUGGCACAGUGGGAUGUUUCGUCGUGGACAAGAAGAGUGGCGAGCCUGCGCGAUCCAUAAAUUCGUGGGAUGAAAAAGAUACCUGGUAUAGUGGUAGGCCUUCUACACAGUUGCAAAAAAAUGACAUAUUGGUGCGCUUGUCGAUUGGAGAUUUGGUGGGCCAAAAGGUGACAGUAAACAAUGUGCCGUGGACUUCCGAUCACGAUCCGAUGGAGCAAAUUCGCAAGGACUGGCUUUAUUUCGAACCAAACCCGGUUUCCCCACUAAACAAUGUCACUGUAAUAACAUUCUUGGGUAUUCCGUAUGCUGAGCCACCGAUUUCACAGAGAAGAUUCAAGCCUCCGCAGCUUCUUGCUAAACUUCCUGGAAAACAGCCAUACCUGGCUGUUCAACAUCCACCAUCAUGCGCACAGAAUGUCGAAGCUGGACCAACAUUAUUUAUUAAUGAUCCUUAUCCAUUUCAUAUCAGCGAGGAUUGUCUCUAUCUCAAUAUAUUCACUCCUGAUACAUCUCAGGAUGGCCGCCCUGUCAUUGUUUUUUUCAUGGAGGACCAAAGGACUGCAUUGCAGUUCGUGCAAGAUCACAUAGCUUCUUUUGGUGGGGACCCAAGACAGGUGACAAUUGUUGGACACGAUGCCGGUGCGGUCAGUGUUGGUCUACAUAUGCUAUCACCUUUCUCAAAAAAUUUAUUCCGAGCAGGUGCUGCAAUGUCAGGUGCUGAAAUUUCAUAUCACUCAACUAUUGGCAAAUCCAUUCUUGCAUUUAAUAACACAGUGAAACUGGGACGAUAUUUGGGUUGUACGCAACCGUUAGCAAAACACGUAUGGGAUUGCAUACUAACACGAUCAACGAAUGACAUUAUACAAGCUCUUCAGGCAAUACCAGUGGAAUACAAUCGCUACCUGUUCUUACCUCAUGUCGAUGGUAGAUUUAUUCCAGCUCAUCCAAUGUUUCUUUUGAAUUCUUUUUCGUCUGGCAUCACUGACUAUCCAUCUGCCGUACCUUACUUGACAGGUUUUAAUAGAGAAGAUGGCUCUGAGGUAGUACUUGAAAAUCGGCUCCUGGGAGAAUUUAAUGACUUUGUUCUAGUCGACCAUGAAUAUCUCAAAAAUUACGUACUUGAAUAUGCAUUUCGCCACAAUUAUACGACGAAUCGCGAGGCAGUAGCAGAAGCAAUUAUUGAUCGUUAUACUUAUUGGCCAGAUGCAUCUGAUGAACACGCAGUAAGGAGAGAAUUCAUUCGCAUGGCAACGGAUGCUUACUACGUUGCUCCGAUAAGUCUCUCUGCUCAUUUACAUUCUGCGGCCGGCUCGCCAGUUUUCAUGUAUGUAAAUAAUUAUGAAUUUGGUCAAGGAUCCAAUCAGCGAUUUUUUCCAGAUUGGAUGGCUGUAUGUCAUGACUGUGAUUUAUACUUAUUGUUUGGUUUCCCAUUUAUGUCGAAGGAUCUGUUGCCGAAAUACUUUAGAAAUAUGUCAUGGACAGAUGCGGAUCGAAACGCUAGUCAGCUUUUAACAUCUAUAUUUCGGCAGUUUGCGACAUUUAUGAAUCCAAACAUUCCGACGGAUUCUAGUUGGUUAGCUUUUGAGCCGCGGCGGCAUUGGUACCUCAACUUCAAUUACUCGUUGCAUUCUGAUUUUACCAAACCCGGUAUAUUAGAGCGCGAUUAUCGCUGGGAGUCCGUGUCGUUCUGGAAUGUAUACAUUCCUUCGUUGGUACAGUACAUGACAACAACAUUUCCGUCUCUUGAAGUUAAAAUUCGAAGAGAAUUGAUCAAUUAUCAGAUGGCACUUGGUGUAACUGUAUGCAUACUGUUUGUAAUUCUUGUUUUGAUGUGCCUUUUUGCAUAUCUGCUAUUUGAAAGGAAUCCAAAACAGAUUGCGAAGGAACUGAACCGUAGAAGGUUCAUACGUAAUGUAAAUGAUCACUUUUCCCGGCAAUGGAGUCAAGAAUCGUGUUUGUAA